AUGCCGAUAGAUGUCCAAAAGUUAGACAGCUUUAGCAUCGGUGAUGAUCCUAAAUCAAUCAAUAGAACCGUAAAUUCAAAUGACUGCUCUAGCUCAAAUGAAGAAAGUGUACAUAAGACCACAGAAGUAGAACAAUUUGCAUUUCACAUUAAUUCCGUGAACAAAGAUGCACAAGAACGUCUUAUGGCUCAAAUAGAAAUAAAUGGGAAACUCACACCCAUGCAAAUAGACACAGCUGCAGAUGUGACAAUAAUUUCUGAAAGAGUAGCACAAACGAUACCUAACCUAGUGAUAAGACCUUCAGGCAAAGUGCUCAAAAGUUAUACUGGUACAAACAUAAAACUGUGGAAAACUGAAAUUAGAAGGUUAGAAAGUGAAGGUUCAUGGGAAAAGGUAGAUUAUUCAGAUUGGUCUACACCAUUAGUUCCAAUUGUUAAGGACAACGGUCAAGUUAGGUUAUGUGGAGAUUACAAGGUAUGGUCAGGAGUAUUCAUUUUCAUUGAUGACAUAUUAGUAGCUGGCAAAACAAAAAAGAACAUAGAGAAAGGUUACGUCGCAGUUCUAAAGAAACUAAAGGAAAAAACACAACAUAUCAAGGUCAACCAGAGUAAAUGUAUUUUAGAAGUUGACUCGGUUGAGUAUUUAGGCUUUAUUGUAAAUGGUAAAGGUAUUCAUAAGACUCAAGAUAAGGUAAAUGCAGUGCAGUCAGCAAAGUUACCAGAAAAUGUCAAGGAAUUGCAAUCAUUUCUAGGUUUAGUAACAUUCUAUGGUAGUUUCAUUCAAAACUUAGCAACAAUUGCACACCCAUUGUACAAUUUGCUGAACAAAGAUGUAACAUGGAAUUGGACAAAGGAAUGUCAAAAAUCUUUUGAAAGAAUCAAAGCAGAAGUGACAUCACCCACAUUCUUAGUACAUUAUCAAAUGGAUUUGCCAGUAAAGUUGGUUUGUGACGCCUCAAACAUAGGAUUAGGUGCAGUACUAGCACAUGUAAUGCCAGAUGGUACAGAAAAACCAAUAGCUUUUGCCUCUAGGGUAUUGAACAAAGCAGAGAGAAAUUACUCACAAAAAAUAGAAAAGGAAGCAUUAGCACUAGUGUAUGCUAAGGAAAUAGCACAAGGUACAAAGAAAGACCCAGUACUUUCAAAAGUAGUGCAGAGUCUAAUAACCGGCAGAGAUAUUUGUGCAGAAGAUGCUAAUUGUAAACCAUAUAAAGAAACUUUGGAAUGA